CUUUUCACGUGCCGCCAUCCGAAAGCCCUUCUGCCGGCGGUGAGUCGCGAUGACGCAAUGUCGAGGCAGAGCGGCCCUGUCCACACCACUGCUAUAGAACGACGUACGUCGAGUAUCCCUAUGCACUGCAGGUGCACGCUUAUAUGAAGCAAGCGUCUUGCCUGGAGACGGCCCAGGCACCGCUCGGCCCGGUGUGCAGGUGCUAGUAGCGCCAGGGUCCCACGUUGGACUUGGACGUUGGGGGCAAUUGCUUGCAACCCAACCCAACCUCACCAUUGCCAAAUUUUCUGCUGCGCAAAACACAAGCCUUCCAAAAUGGUGCUGCAGGCAAUCAAGUACGAGCGGGGCCAGCUCCAAAUCCUCGACCAACUGAAACUCCCCCAUGCCGAAGAAUAUGACCACAUCUACUCCAGCACUGACGCCUGGCAUGCCAUCAAAGACAUGCGCACGCGGGGCGCGCCAGCCAUCGCCAUUGUGGCUGCCCUCGCCCUCGCCGUCGAACUCACAAACAUGAAGCUCGCUGCAGUCCCCGAAGAAGUCAAAGUCUUCAUUACAGAAAAGUUGGACUACCUCGUGACAAGCCGGCCCACUGCCGUCAACCUCGCAGACGCUGCUGGCAAACUGCGAAAGAUCACAGAGCAUGCCGCAGCGGAAGCGGGAGCAACCGGAGAGACUGUGCGCGAGGUAUACGUGACCGCCGCAGAGCAGAUGCUCGUCGAUGAUGUGAGCGACAACGAGAGCAUCGGAAAGCACGGUGCAGAAUGGAUAGUGAGCAACACCGAGGCGGGGAAAAAGGGCCCUGUUAGCAUGCUGACGCAUUGCAAUACUGGAUCUCUCGCAACGGCAGGAUAUGGCACAGCACUGGGUGUAAUCCGGUCAUUGCAUGCCAACGGCUCACUGAAGCAUGCCUUUUGUUCAGAGACUCGCCCGUACAACCAAGGCUCCAGACUGACAGCGUUUGAGCUGGUCCACGACAAGAUACCAGCGACUCUCAUCACUGAUUCGAUGGCUGCAGCCCUGCUUCGGCUACGGGGCGAGAGCGAGAACAUUGCCGGCAUCGUGGUUGGCGCAGACCGGGUAGCGGCAAAUGGCGACACUGCCAACAAAAUCGGCACAUAUUCACUCGCCAUCCUUGCUAGGCAUCACGGGGUCAAGUUUCUCGUAGCAGCGCCACGGACAACAAUUGACCUAAACACAAAGUCCGGCACAGACAUUGUCAUUGAAGAGCGACCUGGAAAGGAGGUGACGCUUGUCAAGGGACCGAGGCACGAUGGUGUCUCGCUCGAUCUGGGCGUCGUUGAGACUAUUAGCAUUGCAGCCAAUGGCAUUGGAGUAUGGAAUCCAGCAUUCGACGUCACUCCUGCAGAGCUCAUUGACGGCAUCAUCACCGAGGUGGGUGUGGUCGAGAAGGACAGCAAUGGGGUAUUCCACUUGGACAAGGUCUUCGAGGCCGAGGGUUCAGGUGCAAAGCCUUCGACUGUUGGUGGUCUAUAAGACGAUCGCCGCCUCCUUCUGGAGUGACUAGUAUACCUAAAAGUGAUUAGUACUAUACCUAGGAGUGAUUAGUAGUAGCUGACACAUGCUUUCAAAAUC